AGGCGUCUAGUUACGGUUAAAUCAAUAACGGACGAUGCUUAUACUGGUCUCUCCCACAUCGAAAAGGGUAGAAAGCUCGAGUCUUCCGACGCCUAACGACAAAAAGCAAAUCCGCAACACAAAAAGUUUUUGGAAAUAAGGGAUCGAAUAUUUUUGCUUGGUCUCUACCCACCAAUCCACCAUCCUGGGAAAGGUUGAAACGAAAUCAGCCAUUCUCGUUGGACCCAAAUUGGGUAGAAUCCUCGACAGCCUAGUUGUGGAAUUUUACGGUAAGGAAGCAAAACAUUGAAUUGUGCUCUUGUGCAUAUUAGGUGUUUGAUAAAAGUCCUCUGAGACUCGCGAUCCAAGGAAGCCUCUUCCCAUUUAUGUAGACAAGAUGGCAAACAGCAAAUACGAGUACGUCAAGUCCUACGAGUUUGAAGACGAGGUUUUCCUGCCCAACUUGAUCGUCGUUCGCAUCGACGGCCGUGAUUUUCGAACUUUUGCUGAAGUGCAUGAGUUUGAGAAACCAAAUGAUGAGGUAGCACUCAACUUGAUGAAUUCAUGUGCAGUUUCAGUGUCGGAGGAGUUUCCGGACAUAGUGUUCUCGUAUGGGUUCAGUGACGAGUUCAGCUUUGUCUUCAAGAAGACGUCCAAGUUCCACCAGAGGCGUGCCAGCAAAGUAGAGUCCAUUGUUGUAUCCUUCUUCACCUCGGUGUAUGUCUCGAAAUGGAGGGAAUUUUUCCCUAGUAAGGAGCUGAGAUACCCUCCUUCGUUUCACUCACGGGUUAUAGCCUGCGCUACGAUUGAGGUUCUUCAAUCGUACCUUCUGUGGAGACAGAGUAGUUGUCAUACAAGCAACCUGCACGGUACUUGCCUAUGGGAGCUUGUAAAAGAUGGGAAGACGGAAAGCGAAGCACUGGAGUUACUGAAGGGAGCCAGUAAAGAAGAGAAAAACAGCCUUCUUUUUGAAAAGUUUGACAUCAUCUAUCAAAAAUUGGAUGCUAUAUUCCGUCAAGGAUCCUGCAUUUUGAAAACUGAGGUGAUGGACGUUGUGAAGCACAAUGAGAAUGGUUCUCCUGUGGAGAGGCUUAGGAAAAAGUUAAGAAUACUUCAUUCAAAGAACAUAGCUGGGCGAAGUUUUUGGAACGAGCAUGCAAGUCUUAGGAAUGAGCUCGGUAUAUUUACAAGGGACAUUGGAAAAGUUGAACCCGAUUAUCUCAGGUCCUUCCAGUUUGGGAACAAAUUGAUGCCAUCAACGUGGAUUGUUAUUAGAAUCGAUGGUUGCCACUUUCACAGGUUUACUGAAGUUCAUGAGUUUGUGAAGCCGAAUGAUGAGCAAGCUCUCAACCUUAUGAAUUCAUGUGCUGUUGCUGUGGUGAAAGAAUUUCCAGACAUUAUUUUCUCCUAUGGCGUGAGCGAUGAAUACAGCUUUGUUUUCAAGAAGAAUUCUCAGUUCUGUCAAAGGCAAGCAAGUGAGAUGGUAUCUGUCAUUGUGUCAUUCUUCACUUCCUCAUAUGUGACGAAGUGGAGUGGUUUCUUCCCUCAGAAAGAGUUGAAGUGCCCUCCUUAUUUUGAUGGGCGCGCUGUAUGUUAUCCGUCAUCUGAUAUUCUUCGAGAUUAUCUGGCAUGGAGGCAAGUUGACUGCCAUAUCAACAAUCAAUACAAUACUUGUUUUUGGAAGCUUGUUAUGUCUGGAAAAGGCAAAAGUGAAGCUCAGAAUUUUCUUAAGGGUACUCAAGCAGGCGACAAAGAUAGACUGCUUAAGCAAUUUGGUAUUGACUACAACAAGUUACAAGUUAUGUUUCGCCAAGGUUCAUCCAUUUUCUGGGAUAAGGGAGAUAUUAUAACGAUGAACACGAAUGAGGCGUCUGUUGAAAAGUCUGGGGAAAAAGUUGUUGUAGAACAUUGUAAUAUUAUUGAGCCAAGUUUUUGGCACGCACACCCAACUAUUCUGCAUGGGUGAUGCUGUGAAGCACUAGGUAAAAACACUUGCUACCAGAAUAUAUCACUGGAAAUUCUAUUCGAGUAAUGCAUUUUUACAGAGAUUUA